CUCAUCGAAAGAAAUUCAGACUACAUGAUAUUAACUGGAUUAGUGGAUCUCUUUUGAAUGUUUGAAAUAGUACCCAGUGUUAUUUUUUGUUGUAUCAGUUUUGGACUUUUGAAAAAGCCCAUUCAAGAAUCAUGACAUCAAGUUGCCUUGAUCUGACUUUACCAACAUCAUCAACUUGUAAGGAUGAUUUUGCAUCCCAGUGGCGAUGCCACAGAAGAACAAAAAGUGCAGGAAGCAAUGCUUCCAGAGACUUAUCUUUGUACACAUCAAUGGGCCUCUAUGCCCAUCAUGGUGUAUUUGCCCCACCAGAAAAUAGUACAACUGAAAAGAAUGUGGAGGUUUCAUUUAAUUGCAAAUAUGAUCUAAUAAAAAUUGUGGAAAAAAAUGACAGAGCAGCUCUGCAUUCACGUGAUCUACAAGAUGACUAUGACCUACGAGAAUGUGGAAUUCUUUCUUUCCGUCCACAUUUCUUGCAGACAUUUGCCAGUAUCCGUAUAUUUGUCUUCCUGUCCUGUGUUUUAGUUACUAUACAACAAGCCUUGUCUUCGGGUUAUUUCAAUAGUGUUAUCACAACUAUUGAGAAAAGGUUUGAUAUUCCCAGUCGUGUAUCUGGAGCAAUUGCAAGUACAUUUGAAAUUGGUAAUCUCUUUACCAUAAUCUUUGUAAGUUAUCUUGGCAGCCAUAGGCACAUCCCAGUUUGGAUUGGGAAAGGAAUUAUUGUGAUGGGAAUUGGAUCGCUUGUGUUUUGUAUCCCCUAUUUUCUGGAGCAACAUUUUACCACUGUGUCACUUAAGAAUCUCACUCAUCCCAUGGAUGAGAAUACAUGUCAGUUACCAACAGCCACCGUCCAGUCUUCUCAGCCGGCUUCAGGGCACUUUAUCAAUCCUCCAUCGCAUGAAACUGACCCCACAGUUUGCAAUGAAGGAAGAUCUUCCAACACUUUAUAUAUUUUUAUUUUCAUGAUAGCUCAGAUUUUAAUAGGUAGCGGAGGAACUCCCAUUUUUACUCUGGGAACAACAUACAUUGAUGACCAUGUGAAGAAAGAAAGCUCUUCCAUGUACAUUGGCUGUAUGUACAGUAUGGUUGCAUUUGGGCUUGUGUGUGGUUUCUUACUUGGGGGAUAUUUACUUUCCUAUCAUGAAAAUUACUUUUUGUAUAAUACUGUGCCUGAAAACUUAUAUCCUGGUCAUCCCAGAUGGAUUGGAGCCUGGUGGGCUGGAUUUGUCAUAUGCGGCAUUCUAUUGUUGUUGGUUUCUAUUCCUUAUUUUGCUUUUCCAAAAGUCUUGCUGAGAGAGAAACAACGACUUCGAUGGGAACAAAAAGGAGAAUAUUAUAGCACAAGGCGUCUAAAAAGUGAGAGCAAUACUUUGGAAAGACAGAAUGGUCAAGAAAUGGUUACAUAUUCUGAAUCAAAUACUGGCCAUAAUAACAAAGAAAAAUCAAAGGAGUAUGGCAAAGAUAUUAAAGAUAUUCCAGCUUCCAUGUGGCGUCUUUUAAGCAAUCCUAUAUAUGUUGUGACUUGUCUUGGAUCAUGUAUGGAAUUGUCAAUUGUAAAUGGUUUCCUUGUCUUCCUCCCAAAAUAUUUAGAAACACAAUUCAGCAUUGGUAAAUCACAAGCAAGUAUUUUUACAGGUGGAAUUGCAAUUCCUGGGGCUUGUGUUGGUAUUUUCAUGGGUGGUUAUUUAUUAAAACGCUUCCAACUUAAACCUAAAGGUGCAAUACAAUUUGUUUUGUUUUUUAAUAUUGUGUGCAUGGGAUUGUACACCCUUCUUUAUUUCCUUGGUUGCGACAAUAUCCGAAUGGCUGGAGCAACACUUCCUUAUUAUAACAAUACUCUAAACACCGAAUUUGAACCUUUCCAAGUCAACUUAACUGCUGACUGCAAUAUGGGUUGUCGUUGUAGUCCUAAUGAUAUUGAACCAGUGUGUGGAAGCAAUGGAAUUACUUAUUUCUCUCCCUGUCAUGCUGGAUGUAAAGCUGAAGUUGAUCACAAGUUAAAUAGUUAUUCCAAUUGUGCCUGUAUAUUAGCUAAUACAACCAGAAAUCAUGAAGUGCUGGCUUUUCCACUUGCGACGAAUGGCCCCUGUCCCUCUGUUUGUCAUGUUAUAAUUCCUUUUAUGAUUCUGUUAUUUGUUAUGACGCUUGUUGUUUCUAUUACACACAUGCCUCUACUUAUGAUUACUCUCAGGUCCGUUGAUGAAGAAGAAAGAGCAUUUGCCUUAGGAAUGCAAUUUGUGAUCUUCCGCCUGUUUGGUUAUAUACCAUCUCCUAUUAUGUUUGGAAAUGUAAUUGAUUCUACUUGUAUUCUGUGGAAAGCACAUUGUGGUCGACCUGGUGGAUUUUGCUUAAUGUACAAUAUUGAACAUUUCAGGCUUAAAUACAUUGGUGUAUGUUCUGGUCUGAAAGUUGCGUCUGGUCUUUUAUUCUUCCUUGACUGGAUGCUGAUAUCAUGGAAGCACAAAAAAGACAUCGAACAGCCUCCAACAUUGACUGUUGGAGAAAUUGUAUCUUCCAUUAUAUCUCUGGAUCGAUUGUCUACUACUGGUUGGGGAGACAUCACUAUUGAUCCAUCUAAAGAGGCUCCAGAAGAUGCAUUGCCAUUGGAAAUGGAAGAGGAGAGUUUCACGCAUCCCCCUAGGACAAUAAAGAGACAUGCAAAACGAGACAGCUCUGCCAGUGAUGUACUGAAUUCUCAGUAAACCAUUAUUAAUGGAUAUAGUUCUAACAAAAGGGAUAUGGUACAAUGCUGAAAAUCUUACUUUAACCUAAUAUUCAGGGAAUAUUUAACUUUCUCGAGGUAUCAGGCACUCACAAUUUGAAUUUUAGGGGCUAGUUUAUGGUAAUGAAAGAAGGAAAAAAAAAGCAUUUUUGUAUAUUUUCAUUUAUAGUUAUUUAUUUAUGUAUGUUGUUUCAAAAUGUGUAAAGAGAAGAAAAUAUAGUUGCAAGCAAUUACUGCAUUUGCAGGAAUUAAUUAAUGUGAAUAAUGAUGAUUCAAGAGACAAAUUAUUUGCAAGCAUGAUUACUAUAUAGUAUAAUAGUUCAGCCAAAUCAAUAUUAUAUUUCAAAUUGUAAAAUAUAGCAAUAUUAAAAAAAAAAGUUCUGAGAGGUGGAUAAUUGUUUUGAUGCAAUUUAACAAAAUCGUAGUAGGAUUGUUUAAGUUUUAACCUAUUUGAGAUUGUGUUAACAAAAUCUGUUACUAAAUACAAUUUAUUU